UUUCUCUUUCCAUUUUGUUAAGAGGGUUCGACCUGACUCGGAUCGCAUUGACUGACUGGUAAAGUCUGAAGGCCAGAGUCUCCUCCUGCUAAAGUCUUCACGAUCUAGAUCCAUCCUCACCCAUUUCUUUCAGCUAGUCUCUCUAAUCUCACUAAAUCUACACUUCUCGAUCUCAGUCUCGCCCUUGCUUGCUUCUCGAUCUUGUUAUAUUUUCUCUUCAACUACUGCUGCUACGUGAUUCCCAUAUUUGAAGACUGAACCGCAACUUCAAAUUGACCCCUAACUCAGCAGGACAGUAGGUUCAAUUGGAAAUGAGCACAGAGAGCUCUUCACCUCCUCGGUGGAAAUAUGAUGUCUUUUUGAGUUUUAGAGGCGAGGAUACUCGAAAGGCUUUUACAGACCAUUUAUACACUGCAUUGGAUCAUCAAGGAAUCAUAACUUUCAGGGAUGAUCCUGAACUUCACAAAGGGGAAGCUAUUACUCCAGCACUUUCUGCUGCAAUUGAAGAAUCAAGAUUUGCCCUCAUUGUUCUCUCACAAAAUUAUGCAUCGUCAACGUGGUGCUUGGAUGAACUUGUAAGAAUUCUUGAAUGCAUGAAAGCAAGAGAAACGGUGCUGCCAAUGUUCUAUGAUGUUGAUCCUUCUGAUGUACGAAAGCAUACAGGGAGUUUUGGAGAAGCAUUUGCUAUUCAUGAAGAAAGGUUUAAGGAUGAUAAAGAGAAGGUGCAAAGAUGGAGAUCUGCUUUAACUGAAGUCUGCGAGUUUCUCUGGUUGGAAUUCAAAGGAAUGGUAUGAAUCAAAGCUUGUUAGAGAUAUUGUUGAAGUAAUAUGGACAAAACUGCAACCUACAUCAUUCAGUUAUGCAGAAAAUCUAGUUGGAAUUUACUCCAGAUUGCAGCCAGUCAAUUUGCUUUUAGGUGCAGGGGUCGAUGACGUCCGCUU